AGGAAGAGAGGAAGAGAGCUCCUCAGUCAAGUUCAGGCAGAGCAGUCAAAUCUACGGAGCUGCUGCGACCCCGGUCCAGACCAGGACAGAAAGAACAGGAAAAAAACACUGUUUCCACUGCUCUGUAGCCGCCUGUAGUGUUUUCUGUUGAGUGAAGUCAAAUCUGCGGACCCUGCUGCUGCGUUUUGGGAAGACUCACUCAAUAAUCCAAAGUUUCCGGAAAUACGCCGCAGAGGGCAUCGGAGUGAGGAUGGCUGCGUACAAACUGGUCCUGAUCCGUCAUGGAGAGAGCUGCUGGAACCAGGAGAACCGCUUCUGCGGCUGGUUCGACGCGGACCUGAGUGAGACCGGAGAGCAUGAGGCAAAGAGAGGGGGAGAGGCUCUGAGAGAUGCCGGCUAUGAAUUUGACAUUUGCUACACCUCUGUCCUGAAGAGAGCCAUCCGCACCCUGUGGUUUGUUCUGGAUAACAUCGACCAAAUGUGGCUGCCUGUCCACCGGACCUGGCGCCUAAAUGAGCGUCACUAUGGUGGCCUGACUGGGCUGAACAAGGCAGAAACUGCAGCCAAGCACGGAGAAGCCCAGGUCAAGAUCUGGAGGCGUUCCUUUGACACUCCUCCCCCAUCCAUGGAUGAGGACCAUGACUUCUAUCAGACCAUUAGCAAGGACCGGCGUUAUGCCGACCUGACUGAGGACCAGCUUCCCUCCUGUGAGAGUCUGAAGGACACCAUCGCCAGGGCAUUGCCUUUCUGGAACGACGAGAUUGUUCCACAGAUCAAAGAGGGAAAGCGGGUGCUGAUUGCUGCCCAUGGCAACAGUCUUCGAGGCAUUGUCAAGCAUCUUGAAGGGAUGUCAGAGGAGGCCAUCAUGGAGCUGAACCUGCCCACAGGCAUCCCCAUUGUCUAUGAGCUGGAUAAGAACCUGAAGCCUACUGGACCCAUGCAGUUCCUGGGAGAUGAGGAGACCGUCAAGAAGGCCAUGGCAGCUGUAGCCGCUCAGGGCAAAGUCAAGAAAUAGACUUGUCCUGGUUUGGGGAUGAGAGUACAGAUCAAUCAUUUCUGUUUAGUUGUCAAGUGAAAACAAGGUCAAUUGAUAUGUGUGUCUUUACAGACUUUCACAAACACAAUGUGCACUUUAUUGUACUAAUGUCCAUCAUUCACACAAAUAUACUGUAUCAAAUUUGGUCUUUACGUUGUCACCUACUAAAACACUCAUUUCGCUAUUAGGCUAUAGACCGCAGUUGUUUUAAACACUGAUCAAAUUUUGCCAAUCGGGGACCAGCUGGUAGGAGCUACCUGACUCACUCUGCACACUCAUUCCACGUAUUUCUUCCUAUAUAAAUAAUCUGUGUAGGUAAAGCUCGGUGGGAAUAGUAUAACCUAUCAAAUAACACUGGCUGUUGUCAAAGGGGUAAGUUAAUUUGCUCUGGACUGCUGAAAUGUGAUUGCUGUAAGAAAAUAAAUAUUGUGAGCCAGUAUGUGAUGA